GAGCUGAAGAAUCGAGCUGCAAGCAUAUUUUCUCUCUUGUGAGACUGAAACAGUCGGUCAUGUCGAAGCUGGUUUGCUCUCUGCUUCUCCUCUGCUUACUUCCAGCUGUGGUUCCCUUGUUCUGUUACACCUGUGUGUUCCCCGCCAUCUCACCUCUGGACUGCAUCAGAUUCCCUCUCAAGUGUCCACCCGGGCAGGUCUGCCUGUCCAGCAGAGCUGUGGGCGAGAAAGGAGACUUCCGUGUCGUGUUGUAUGAGAAGAGCUGCAUCGUGCCCUCCCUGUGUGGAGUCACGGGGGAGAAACACACCAUGGGACUCAACUUCACCUUCACCAAUGACUGCUGCAAUACACACCUGUGCAACGGAGCUGCGACACCUGCUACCGCCUACUGGACUGGCACAUUACUCACACUUCUUAUUUCAUACUCAGUUUGGUGAAUAUAUAAAUAUGUUAUAGAGAGGGACAACUUUUAUCAUUGAGUAAACUGACGAACUCUGACUAAUGUUAAGUGACAGAUUUUAUGGAUGUAAAACGAGCGAUUGUGAGCAGAUUAUGUUCUGUGAAUAUUGCAUCAGAGAUCAGUGUUCCUGUUAUAGUUUAGCAACUUUUAACUGUCUUAACUGUGUACUUUGCUAAUGUAGGAGGAGGCUGGUUGAGAACCAUUGCUCUAAUGGACUUGCAUUUUACUGUACUUCCUUUAAGUACCUGUGCACUAAAGUAAUGUAAUGUAAGUUUGUUUUACCAUGCCUGUGAGAUAACUGUGUUUACUGUGAACUAAAGAUGUGCCUUUCUGGUUGCAGAGCUGUUUCUGGAGGGGAGGGCGGGGAUGAGUUUAACAUGUUGAGCUUAUUGUUCCCAUGAUUGAGUAUUUUUUUUAUACAAACUGUGAUAAAAUAAACUACCUCUAUCCACUUAUCACACUUAUUACAUGUACGCCACCUAAAAAAAAUGCUUGUGCUUACUGGCAUACAGAAUAAAAGACGAAGUAUUAUGUCCUCAGACACAUGUGAUCUGGGCCAAAUUUGAGCAAAACUCAAAAAUAUAUUGUUAGAUUUGUUUGUGAAAAUAGAGUCUAUUAUGUUGCAUACUUGCCUGAAAAUGUUGGAACACUGCCAUGCUGUUUAUUAGCCAUUUUAUUUACGUGUUGACAGAAUUGUAUACGAAAUAUUCUUUGUACCUCAAAAAGUACAACUCUUUAAAUAAUCCCAAAAAACAUUAUUGGUAUAUUUUAAAAGGAAUAAGUUGAAUAAGUUAUUAUUAUUAUUUAUUUUUGUUUUAGCCUUUUUCAAAGUAGGCAUUUUGAC